CCAGUUGCUGUGUUCUCUUGAGUGUACGUACGCACAGAUAUCUGGCAUGUCUGGACUUGGAAAUCAACAUUUUGCCCAGUGAUACAUGAGACGAAAGACUUGAGGGAGAGCGACUUUUUGAAUAGGGGGAAAGAAAAGAAUACAAGCAGGCAGGCUUCCUGCUGAAGUUCAGGGAAUAGUCAAGGAGAAGCUGUGUUUUACUGUCCAAAGAGUCUGCAUGGAACCGAACCAACUUGGCACUAAGAGUUGAGAACCCCCUUGAAAGCCUCUGUACUGAUACAUCCACAUUCGUUCUGAUCUGACGGCUCUGUUGCUUUCAGCUUCACCAGGAUUUUUUUUUCAAUUCAGGGUAGAAUGGUAGAAGAAGGUGCAAGUCGGGGGGAUCGGGCUCCCUGUGGUGGUAGGCCACAAGGGCCCCCACGCCCUCCAUCCUCCCCACGUCAUGGCAUUUCGGUGGUGGGCAAAGCAGUCUGGAGCGUGGCACGAGCAGGGAAAGGCUGGCAUUUCGAGCGAGCUGUUGGUGUGGACUGCAGUUUGCCCGAACCUCGUUGCAUCUGGUUGACAAGUGUGCGAAACGACAACACUGAAUGGUGGGAGAGGCGGUGGCGCCGUGCUGGGGCAGUGAUGGCUCGGCAGAAGUGCCGUGCACGACCCAAGAUGGACAGGAAUCUCACGGUGAGACCAAAGCUGGGCCAGAGAGAUGGUACAGCCACAAAUGCCAAUGCGGCCCCUGUGGAAUCCUUCCCCUGGGUGGGGCCGAAGACGGUGGUGCUGCACAAGAACACACAGGGGGGUUAUGGAUUCACCCUCCGCCAUUUCAUUGUCUACCCCCCAGAGUCAGCAGUUCAUUCCAACAUGAAGGAAGAAGAAAAUGGAAACAGAACAGCUCCAUCACGGAACCGCCUGGAACCCAUGGACACCAUAUUUGUGAAAAGUGUGAAGGAAGAUGGGCCAGCACACCAGGCUGGCCUCCGGACAGGAGACCGGCUUGUCAAAGUGAAUGGUGAAAGCAUAAUUGGGAAAACCUAUUCACAGGUGAUUGGCCUCAUUCAGAACUGUGAAGAUGCUUUGGAACUCUCCAUCAUGCCCAAAGAUGAGGAUAUUCUCCAGUUGGCAUAUUCUCAAGAUGCUUAUUUAAAGGGCAACGAACCCUACUCUGGAGGGGCUCAGAGUAUCCCUGAGCCACCUCCUAUAUGUUAUCCUCGUAAAACUUACCCGUUCCAGUCAAGGCCUUCCCCUCGGGAUGUUUCAGCAGCUGAGACGUACCAGGGACAUCAGGUGGACAACAGACAGCCAUACCAUUCAGGGUCCUCAGGCCCGUCUUCUCCCUUGAACAGCACUACAGUUCACAGAACGCCUCCGAGUGCCUGGACUGAGUCCACACAGAACUUCAGUAGCAGCCAUUCCAGCCCUGCCCACCGCACAGAGGAAGUCCAAUAUGGAGUGACUCACAGGGUGCCUGUCCCAAGACCCCUCCCAGUUUCUGGCUCUUUCUCCCGCUACUCCAAUAGCAGUUGCCCAGGUUCUAUAGCCUCCCCGUUGCCUGAGAGGUACUGUGCUCCUCCAGCUCCCUCUAUGCCCAACCACGCCUGCUACGGGCCGCCCAAACAUCUCCCUGACCAUCUUCCUCAUGGUGGGUUGAAAGACAGUCCCAGAGAGGGCCGGCCCUCCCGGGACUGUGUCACUGCUGGCCCAAAAUCUGUCAGCCGUCUAGAAUGCCAACAGGCCUUGUCGAACUGGAUUUCGAGCCAAGUGCCAAGGCGAAGCUCAUCAGAGGAGCGCCACUGUGCCAUGCCGCCACGCUACCGGAGUGUCUCGCAAGACCACCUGGGGGAUGCCCCGGCCCCCCGGGGUUGGCCUCACAGUGCUUCCCAAGACACUUUAAUCCAGUCCCCUGCCCAUGAAGGCUGGAGUUACCGGGCCAGAUCGGAUAACUACCUGGUGAAAUAUGGGCGAUCCUUGGAAGCUCUUGAACAGGGUGCCUUGGUUUCUCCUAGAUAUGAGAGGUGUAUGUGGCCACCGGACAGGUUUUACCGGCAUGGGCAAAUUAACCGAGCCCAACCUAAUCAGCCAAGUUCUUAUAUUCCUUCUGCCUCUUCCAGGGAUCCACCCCCUGUGCAUGUGCAAAAACACCCUUCCCAGCCCAACCUCCAGAGCAUCGAUGACUCUGGGUAUAUUGGAUACCGGAGCUACAGCCCUUCAUUCCAGCGCCGGACUGGCUUGCUCCAUGCCCUCUCUUUUCGGGAUGCUGCUUUUGGUGACCUUCCAACAUUUAAUCUUUCUCAAAGGCAAGCAAAUAACUCAACGCCACCUUAUAUUGAGAGGCCUUUGUCUACUGCUGUGCUCCCAAAUGCCCCUGCUCUUUGCUCAGAUACUCCCGCUGGCAGUAGCUCAGAGACCUCAAUGGACCAAAGACCAGCUAAACAGGAGAAUGAUACAAGGCCUGUUCAGUGGGUUUCACCAUCUCAGGCUACAGAACGACUGCAGCCUGAGGCUGAGGAUAAGAGGGAUGAGGUGGUUCUCCGACAGAAGCCCCCAACAGGACGCAAAAUGCCUCCUCCCACAAGGCAGAUGAAUUUUGUCUUCCCGGAUAACAUGAAGGAAACAGACAUUUGUGAUCCACCUCCUCCAGUGCUGGCAGCUGGUAAAGAGAACAAGCAGGGAGUAGCCCCUUUGGCUACGCCAGAAGAUUCACUUGCGUCUAUCCCAUUUAUUGAUGAGCCCACAAGCCCCAGCAUUGACCUGAAGGCAAAGCACAUCCCUGCCUCCUCCGUCGUUUCCAGUGCCAUGAAUUCUGCCCCUGUGCUAUCAGCUAGCCCCUCCUCACCCACUUUCACCUUUGCCAUCAACCGCCAUUACUCCCAGGAUUGCAGCAACAUCAAAGCAAGUCGCCGGUCUUCCUACCUCUUAGCCAUAACAACAGAACGCUCCAAGUCAUGUGAUGAUGGUCUAAACACAUUUCGGGAUGAGGGAAAGCUUCUGAGGAGGUUGCCAAGUCGUGUGCCAAGCCUCCGCAUGUUAAGAAGCUUCUUCACUGAUGGGUCUCUGGAUAGCCUGGGCACCUCUGAAGACACCCGAUCAAAGAGGCAUUCAACCUCUGACCUGUCAGAUGUUACUUUCAGUGAUGUGAGGAAAGAAGGCUGGCUGCACUACAAACAGAUCCUCACCAAGAAAGGCAAGAAAGUUGGCGGAGGCAUCCGGCAGUGGAAGCGGGCCUUUGCUGUUUUGCGUGCCCACUUGCUCUACUUGUGUAAGGACCGGCGGGAGGCCGUGGCCUUGGCCCCGCCCCCAGGUGAGGAGGAGCAGCCACCAAUCAGCAUCCGAGCGUGCCUGGUAGACAUCUCCUACAGUGACACCAAGAGGAAGCACGUCUUCCGGCUGACGACCGCUGACUUCUGUGAAUGUCUCUUUCAGGCCGAGGACCGGGAUGACAUGCUGGCCUGGAUUAAAGCCAUCAGGGAGAGUAGCAAAGCCGAGGGCGAGGACCCUGGGUUUGCAAGCCAAGCACUGAUCAAUAAGAAAUUAAACGAUUACCGAAAAGUGAGUUCCUCUGGGACCAAACCAGACUCAUCCCCAAAAGGUCUUCGUGUACCAGGGGUGAAGUCAGAAUUGCAGAAGCAAAUAGGAACAGGCCCACCCCGCUCUCCACGGCAGGAUGCAGUAACACUAAGAGAUGACAGUCUCCCUCAGAAAGCUCCCUGGGGUAUCAACAUAAUGAAGAAGAACAAGAAGCCUCCUCCAAGAGCCUUUGGUGUGAGGCUAGAAGACUGCCAGCCGGCUCCUGACAACAAGAAAAUCCCCCUGAUUGUGGAAGCCUGUUGCAAGGUGGUGGAAGACAAGGGCUUGGAAUAUAUGGGCAUCUAUCGGGUCCCUGGGAACAAUGCUGUGGUGUCCAGCCUGCAGGAACACCUCAACAAAGGAUCCACAGAAAUCAAUUUGCAGGACGAGAGGUGGCAAGACCUGAAUGUCAUCAGUAGCCUCUUGAAGUCCUUCUUCCGAAAGCUCCCAGAACCGCUGUUUACAGAUGAUAAAUACAAUGACUUUAUUGAAGCCAACCGGAUUGAGGAUCCCAGCGAAAGGAUGAAGACUUUGCGCAAACUGAUCCGGGAUUUGCCAGGCCAUUAUUAUGAGACACUGAAGUUUCUGGUGGGACAUCUCAAGACAAUUGCAGAUCAUUCCGAAAAGAAUAAGAUGGAACCCCGGAAUCUUGCUUUGGUGUUUGGUCCCACCCUUGUCAGAACAUCGGAGGACAACAUGACAGACAUGGUGACCCAUAUGCCUGACCGCUACAAAAUCGUGGAAACCCUCAUACAGCAUUCAGACUGGUUUUUCAGUGACAAGGAGGAUAAAGGUGAAAAGACACCUGUAGAUGAUCAGGAGAGCCAAUCAGUGCCAAAUAUUGAAUACCUUCUGCCCAACAUUGGGAGGACAACUGCACUGGGAGAUACUUCAGAUUCGACCAACAGUGGCUCAGCUAAAUCAAAGGCUUCAUGGGGCUCACGGAAGGAGCACUACCACAAGGAGAUGCUUGCCAUCUCCUUCAUCUCAGCCGUCAACCGCAAGAGAAAGAAGCGGAGAGAGGCCAAGCGUUUCGGGAGCAGCACGGAUGAUGACUCUGAGCAUGAGUCAGCUGCCAAGAGAGACGAGGAGGCAGACGAAGAGGAGGGAAAAGAGGCUGAGGGGCUCAGGAGCAGCAGCAGCAGGGGCCCAAUGCCUGAUGCGCAGAGUGGUCCACAGUACCCUGUAAAAUUGGAAGCUGAGCUGGAAGAGAACAAGGCGGCAACAUCCCGGGGAAGCCCAGAACUGGCACAAGAUGCUCGCUCCAUUGUGUCAGGUUACUCCACUUUAUCCACCAUUGAUCGCAGCCUGUGCUCUGAAGUGCAGUCGGUAGCAGAGAGUCGUGGGGAGGAGGCAGAUGAUGAGCGGAGUGAAUUUAGCCAUGUGGAGACGGACACGGAGAAUGGUUUUGUACCAGGGCAAGCUGGGACAGCAGUGGUGGGGGAAGGUGGAGCAACAGCAUCCGACAAAGCCUCCCACAGCCGAGCCUCCUUCAGCUCUCACCGCCUCAUGCAGUGCGACUCCCUAGCACGCCGCAAGCUUUCACGGCCGCGCCGCAACAGUGAGGCUGCCUCCUCCAAGAGCAGCACUGAGGUCCCGAGCUCCAGUUCACCAGGCAGCCAGGAGUCACUGCAGCCCACGGAGGCCCCCACUCGGCCUUCCCUCACGGAACAGCUGCGCCUCCGCCUCCGCGGCUCAGCUGAUGACAUGCUGGCUGUGCGCCUGCGCAAGCCACACUCACCUGAGACACGGCGCAAGAAGAACAGCUGGCGGCGCCAUACUGUGGUGGUACCUGGUGGACUCAAGGACCUCAACUACAAUGAGUGGAAGGAGCAGAACGCUUUGGGAGCUACCGAGGCCUGCCCGCUAGACUCCUCGAGCAGGGAUCCCCUGAGGGACAACAAGGACUCCGGGCUCAGCAGCCUGGAGUCCACCAAAGCUCGGCCUUCCUUGUCCAUGCUGGGGAGCGUGGCCACUCCGGGCCAACAGGGAAGUGGUGAGCACCAGCAGCACAAGGGCAGCUCUGAGGGGCGCUCAGCUCCCCGCCGUGCAGCCUCUUUACGCUUCCACCAGUGUCUCUAGGAAGUCCGCUGCAGAAGCUCCUGUUAGAUGGCUGAGAAGCAGACUUGACCUGAGAAUGGGGGUGGGCAGCCAUGGUUGCAGCCCCCCUUGCACUUGAUUUCCCCACUCUUGGUCUUGCCUUGCCUUCUUUGAUACCUCAAUAUUCAAUGGAGCAAGAGUCUUCCCCCUCCCCCACUCAGACUUGCUUUCAGAUCCCCUCCCCCUGGUAUUAAUUUAAUGAUACACCUAUUUUGUGACUUGUGGAUUUAUUUAUUCCCCUCCUCCCUCCUCCCCCCAGGGUGGCAGUUGAAGAAAAGAAAGCUGGGGAAGGUGCAACAUAGAGAGGGCUGUUCUACUAGUCCAUAAGAAGGUCUUAGCUUGGUUUGUCACUGGGAGGUUACUAGCCCCAUUCCUAUUUCAAAGUGCUAGUCUGCAGGUGAAUUUUGGAACAUGUUUUUGGAGGUGGCGGCAAACAUAGAGUAGCAGAAACCAAAACUGCUCCAGGUUAUUCAGAAUGAGUUUAUUACCCAUCAUUGUCUCCUUUUUAUCAGCCCACGUUGCCUCUUCUUUGUAUAACUGAAGAAUAGGUUCGUGUUGGAGAAAGUAGCUACUUGUGGAUGCAAGCUUAUGUUUUCUAUUUGACCACCACCAAAGCUCAGUUACCAGUCAAGUCCCUUUUCUAUACCAGUCUGUCUGGGCCUCCACCUUUCUUCCAUCCUUUCCUCUCACUGAUAUCUAAUAGGUAGCCAGUGGUAUUGCUAUUGAGGGGCUUUGAAUGGGUCCCACAGAACAUGCACUGUCCCUUUGUGCCUUUCCCACCUACCUUAGUUCAGUCUUUGCAAGGUUCCUACAAAGAAGGCUGCAUCCUCUUUAGUUUCAAUACAUGUUCAUGGGUCUUGUGGGUGUGGUACGGACUCCACCCAUGCAUUUCGAGUUGCCCAUGGAUGCUAUCCCGCAUGAACAACCAACACUACAAAGCUAUAAUGUUCCCUUGAAGCACAUGGCAUUCACCAUGCUUAAUAGGCAUCACUGUUCUGAGAAAUCAAACCACAAAGAGUCCUGUGGUAUCUUAAAAUUUAACCAAUUUACUGAGGCAUAAACUCUGACCAAUGAAAGCAAAAUGAUACAGUAAAUCUUCUAGCCUUUAAAGUGCCACAAAACACUUCACUUUUGCUGUGACAGACUAUCCCUAUAGGAUGCUGUUUUUCAAACUGCUCUUGGCAAAAAUAAAAAUACCAUUUGUUUAAAACUUGGGUGCUCCACUGGGAUUAAAACCAUCUUUCCUGUCUUGCCCAUCUGUGGGUUCCAAACCUUAAUUAGAACACACAGUCAAACUCCCCAAUCAUUAGUAAACCUUUCUAAAACGUUUUGUUCAUCUGCUCUGUAUUUGAAAGGUAACAUCUCCAGGUAGCCAAAUAUGCUCUGCAUCUUUUGUCUUAUAGCACUUUAUCUGUCCAUGUGUUGCUUCACAGAUUGAUCAUCCAAAUUCUCUUCUGUGUUCUGUGUACAGUGCAGAGAUGCAGUGUCUGGAGUACAGAUCAGCAAAUGGAAAUUCAGCUCUCUCUAACUUUCGGUGCUAAAAAGGAUGUGUGAGGUAAACCACUCCUUCUGCCUAAGGCCAGAAUGUAACACAUGUAGCAUCAUUCCUUGCCAUGUAGGCUGUGCCACCCAUACUCAACCCAAUAAUUAUCAUCCGCAGUGCAGAAGGUGAGGUAUGGCCAUUGCAACGUUUGUAGUUAGAAAUGUGGGAACCAUUAAAAUGCAGUGAACCAGCAGUUCUGGUUGCUUUUCUCCAAUGCCCUAUGCAGAUACACCAUAACGUAGUGGAAAACAUUUCUGAACUUUGCUUUGACAAUUCCCACAGUAACAUUUGUCAGGAUUCCAUGUAUGCCUUUGUUCCAGCAGUGGCUGAAAAGCCAAAGCACACCAGUUCUUGUAAUAUGCAGUUGACCUCCAGAACACAUAUGCAAACACAUUAGGAAGUACACUUUGAAUCUUGCUGGUGCUACAUUUAUUUUUAACAGUGUCUUCCCCUUGGAUUAUUCUGUAUGAUGGACAGAAGUAAACCAAGGGGCCACUCAUUUCUGUGAUGUAGUUCAGGAUAGAGCUCUUACAUUUGCCACCCAUAAAUGAGAGACUGCUUCCAUUUGUUUUCAUCUUGUGGGCAUAACAUGUUCCCACUACUUCUUGUCUUUGUAGAAUUUCAUGUGUUCGUAACAGUGGAUAGAAAAAUUGGAGUGCUUUUGAAGCAAAUAAAUAUAGGAGACACCUUUUAAAAUACAUGAAAACUAUUAUGGAGUGCAUGAGAUGCUGCUGUCCCCACUGUGCCUCUUUGCAGAAGUAUCAUCACUUUGGAAGAAGCUACAUGAUAAUCCUGAAGAAAGAAAUUUCACUGUGAGAUGGUUUUCCCCUGUUUCUCCCACAUGGUGACUCUUUCUUCAAAAAGUCAACUAUUAACCACAUGUGAGCAGUUUCUGUAGUUUUCUAGGGAAUUGGUCUAAAUCCUUGGUUAGGAAUUUUGCUGGGUGACUCUGGUCAAAUUGUUUUUCAUGGGGUGGUUAGGAAGCCAAACCGCCCCUUUGAGCACCCGAAAGAACAGAUAAAAUGUAGUGAAUUUCACUGCUUGAAGCAUUUAGCAAGGCUUUAUUACCGGAGGAUGAAAAGGAACCAUCAUCUUUAUUUGACAUUUCCUUCACCAAAACAGCAAAUAAUGUCUGCUGGCAGUCGUAGUUUUGCUAUCUUUCUAUGUCAGAAGAAACUGAGGGACUCUGAAGCCCUCUAUUAAAUCUGUAUCCCACUUUCUGCUAAGUUCAGAGUAAGUAUGCUUCACAGUUUUUCUUACAAUAUUGGUGUAAGAUAGGUUAGGCUGAAACAUAGUAGCCUGGUUCAGACUGUCUUCCUAGACUAAAUGAACUGUGGUUUAUGAACAAGCAUCACAUACUGGUUGCAAUACUUCUAUAUCUGGCUUAGAUUUAGCAAGCUCUCUCCCUGCUCAAAAUGUGUACAUGAGCUGUUGCCUCUGCUUGUGCAGGGUGGAGAAAUAGGAAAUGUACUGCGUCAUAAUGGGAAAACUGUAACCAUACCAUCUGUGUGCUUGCCUGUUGAACCCGGUGUUAAGAUGCUGACAGUGGGCAAUUUCAAGGACCCUGCUCUCCCUGCUGAAAAUGGCCUCAGAUGGGGGAAAACCCUAAAAAAGAAAAUGGUCUUCUGUAAAGCAGUCCCACGGCCACCCUAGUUCUUGCCCCAAGCACUGAAUUCAAGAACAGGGAAACUGUGUUUGUCUCACAUGAGAAGAGAUUCUCCUCACUCAUUACUGUGUCAUCCUCGUCUGGCAAUAGUUGCGGUGUUGGCCUCACCCUCAACAAGUAGUAAAUGCAAAGAAAGUAGAAAUAAUAUUAAAGGUAAACAGUAUACAUAAAGUUUCCACCUUCAAAAAGCUCAUGAGGUUCCUCUGCCUGAGGAAAACUUAUGUGGAACUUGAAAACUACCAUAGUUCUGAGUUUGUGAGUUGGUUGGCCCUUUCUGGCAGUUAGGAGUGAGGAAUGCCCCACCCAUGUACCCACUGAUGGUCCCACACUCACGAUCAGAAAGGAUCUGCGGGAGUGUGUUUUGUAAGGCAAAUCCCAAAAAGGACAGAGGAGUUGUAAACUUUGUUCAUGUAGUUCGGGACAUCAAAUUAAUAUUUAACUACAAAACUUUUAAAUGUCUCAAAAUUGCCUAUGGUUGUGCUAGUCAAAUUAGCAAACAAUGUGCUACAGUCUACACUCCACACCUUCUAGUAUACGUUUUGCAGUCUUUCUAUUGAAGGAGUGUCUAGAUAGGUGAAGGUGUAGAAUUUAAAACUGAGCAAAACUAUUUGCUACUGUUAUGCAUUGUAUCCUUUUAUGCAAAUAUUUGCUGUAAAGUUUUAUUUUUCGCAUUAUGUAAAUACCCUUUCAAUGUGUAACAUAUGAUAAAAGAGUUUAUAAGGAUUUUUUUAAAAAGACUUUGUUUUGUUCUUUUUAAAAACUGAGAUUAUGCAACAGUGCUGUUGUUUUUUUUAAACAAAAACCCUGCCUGCAUGGUUUCUCUUUCUUGCCCCUUUAUUGUGUUGUACAUCUGUCUUGCUCGCGUGCUCUUUCACCCUCUCACUCUCUCUUUCACACUCUCGCUCUCUCUUUCACUCUCUCUUUCGCUCUAAGUAACAAAAUCCAAACUCUGCCUUGAAAAUAGCCUCAGAACUGCAGUUUCAUAUAUAAAUAUAUAUAUACAGGAAAUAAACUGGCUUAUUCAGAGAA